GUGUUCCUAAAGUUCAGACGUCUGGCUGGACGCAACCUGUACAGAUCAUGUGCGCUGUAUAGUGAUGUGUGUCAAAGCUUCCCUUCAGGAGAAAUUAUUCCUGCCUUGGGAAUGACCCUACAAGGGUUUUGAUUUCAUUGUUUUAUUACGUGGUCUCUUGUGGAUAUAACAACGCACGCUUGCUUCUCGUUUCGUAUUUUUACAGGAUUCAAUCAUUAAGGCCAGAGGGUAAUCGACGAUGCGUCCAUUAUCUCCCCUGUCUCAUCUCAUUUUGUUUCACUUACUGUGUGGAUCUCUGAGCAGCAGAUGUCCUCAAGAGUGCUCAUGCAGCACCAGUGGUUCUAUCUUCUGCGUCCAGCAGAACUUGAGCUACAUGCCUCAUGACCUCCCCUCCUCCACAAAGUACCUCUACGUGUUUCAGAACAACAUCAACACCUUGCAACAGCAGGGCUUUGUAGAGCUUGGCGAGCUUGGAAUGCUGGAUUUGAGUCAGAAUGCCCUCACUGAAAUCCCUGAUGGGGUGUUCAGCCCACUCUCCUCUCUACACAACCUGGAUCUCUCCUCAAACCACAUUACCCACAUUUCCAAAGACAGCUUUGCUGGACUGGUCAACCUGGAAAGGCUGUAUCUCUACAGCAACCACAUUCAGAGCAUUCACCCAGCUGCCUUUGAGGGACUAGAGAACCUACUGGAGCUGAAGCUACAGGGGAAUCAGAUUAGUGUUUUGCCAGGUCUGCAACUGCCCAGACUGCUCCACUUGGACCUAAGUUAUAAUAGUAUCCCACCUAUUGGACCUGAAGAUUUACAGACACCACACCUUGAGUCUCUUAAAAUAGCUGGACUGCGGCUAACCAGUCUGGAUGGGGAGCUGCUAAGCAGCCUAGUGAACCUACAUGUUCUGGAUGUUUCCCAGAACCUGCUCGUAGAGAUACAACCUACGCUUAAGGCAAUGGGGGGGCUACGAAACCUCAAUUUAACUGGGAAUCCCUUGGGAUCCCUAAAACAAGAAGACUUCCAAAAUCUGGUUAAUUUGCUAGAGCUUGACUUGAGCAACCUUAAUUUACAAGGCUUCCCCGAGGGCUUCUUCAACCUUUUCCCCAAACUUGAGAAGCUCACUGCAGCUGAAAACCCCUUUAACUGCCUCUGCCCACUGGCCUGGUUUCCAGUAUGGCUAAAGGAUGCACAUGUAGAACUGUUGAGAAUGGAGGAGACUCGUUGCCACUUUCCACCAAUAAACUCAGGAGAGGUUUUGGCAAAAUUGGAGCAUAAAGAUUUUGGCUGUCCCACAACAACCAUUGAGUUAACAAGAGCAGGGACAAGUAGUACUACAAGCAAGCCCACAAACUCCACCACACCAUCAAGCACAAUGCACGCCAUUCCCCCGGCGCCACCAAGUGAGAUGCCCUCAGCAGACACAGACAGCUUCCCUCUUUCCCAGACCACUGCCUUCCCCAGAGAAAUCAUAGAAGAUUCUGAAGAAGAGGACAUCAUGUGCCCCUCCAAUAUCUGUCUAAAUGGGGGAACAUGCAUAUUUGACUCAAAUGGGGUGGUUGUUUGCCUGUGUCUGCCUUCAAUGUCAGGACUUUACUGUGAGACACAAAAUCCAGGCUUCCUUUCUCCGCCUUCACCUAGAGUUUCUGUCGAGACCAUUGCUACAGUCCAGCCCAACACAAUCAGCUCCCUUCACAUAACCAGCACUUCCAUUUCAUUAGACCUUCACCGUUACAUCCACACAAGAACGCACAUCCGUGGAAUCCGUCUGACUUACCGAAACUUGUCAGGCCCCGACCAGCGGCCAAUACACCUGAAUGUGCCUCCAACUUACCCCGAAUACACGCUUAGAGGGCUACAGCCGAAUAGCACCUAUUCUGUAUGUGCCAGCCCUCUGGGAGAGCCUGUCCAUGUCUCGGUUAGUGCCUGCAUGGAGGCUCGCACAGCAGGAAUCCCACCCUCUUCCCAAGAGCCAAGUGUUGACAGGACCGAACCCUCUUCCUCUCUCAUACCCAUCAUGACAGCUGUGGCAGUGGUGAUGGUUGUGGCCAUCAUAGCUACUGUGGUAGUCAUCCGCCGCAGGAGGAGAUCCAAGGCUCCAGUAGAUAUGGACUUACAUGAGACAUCUCCUCUGGAGUUAGAGGGAAUGAAAACCAGUCCAGAGAAUGGUCUGACACAUACAAAACAACCGGACAUCACCCCUUGCCCAUCUUUAGUGCAAAACAGCUUGGAAUACGAGGCACCUUUAAUACAAGGACAGUGUCCAGCCAACAAUAAUGUAGCUUGUGUGAAACCUUUGUAUGUGUAAAAGCCAUAUUGCGCUAUUCAUACCUCCAGCCCACAGAAGGCAAUGGGCUCCAUGACUCGUGCAGGCGGGUGCGAUGCAGACACUAGAUAGACUCUGGUGGGUUGGUGAACAUUUUAAUGCAUUUAAACACUUAAACUGACUGCCAGUAUUUAAACCAGGUGCAUUUGCCAUCAAAUUUUUUUUACAAAUGCCUUUACAAGUGCCUUUUAUAACCAUAAAUAUCAGACUUUAUCAAGAAUUUCUCUCUAAGAAGAGGCCAGACAUUACUGAACACAGUGUUGAUUGGCUGAAAACAGGUUGUUUUAGAGGUAGCUCAUUAAUUGUGUUAUACAGGAGUCAAAAGGUCAUGCCAGGACGUCUGGACUUUUUUUUGUCCAGAAACAAAUUGCACUGAUAAGAGACACUGGGACCGUGCCUAAGAGUUGCCUAUAGAAGCUGAAAGUGAUCAGCCUCUUAAAAGAUGCUUCAAACAGGUUUUAUACAGCAUCCCUCUGUCCCUCUGCCCCAUCUGUCCUGCACAGGAGAUUAUUUGCUGUGAAAAAACAUAAUGAAGAGACAUUUUCUUACUUUGUCUAGUUUACGCUGUUAUGUUAAAGCUGUGUUAUUAUGUUUUUGUAUUUUUAAAGAAACAGUUCACCAAAAAAAGUAAUUAUGUUAUUUACUCACCCUCAUGUCGUUCCAAACCCCUUUGAUUUUCUUCACACGAGUUUGGAAUGAGAUUAGAGUGUGUAAAUGAAAACAGAAUUUUCAUUUUGUGUGAACUUCUCCUUUAAGUGCCAUUUCUGUGUCCCUUUUUGUGUUUAGUUGUUGUGUUUGUUUUGACUUGUAAACAUGAGACUGUAGCAAACAUUCUUUCUCCUCUCACUUGAGUGCAACAAGUUAAAAUGCUUUUACUUCUGAAUGAAAACAAACUCACUUUCCAUGAGUGAAGUCUUCAUCCUGCGUCUGACAAAGAAACACUUUGCAAGACUAUAAACACCCUCAGCCAUUUUUGACCUCAAACAAAUUCCACACAUUAACAAACACACUAGUACUAUAUAAGGAUAUGGAUAACAAAUGCUUUUAACAAAGCUGUUUUUUUGUUUUUGUUUUGUUUUUACGUGCCAGCUUUCUAAAAAUGUCCUGUACUCAUGAUUCAGACUGGGCCCCAAACAUAGACAAACUAGGAGAAGCUGA